AUGGGGAAACCUGAUUCUGAAAUAAGUGAUUUGGAAAAGAAAAGAAUAAUGCGAAACUGUCGCAAGAAGCGAAGGCGACAACAACGGGCUAUAAACAAACGCACGGCUUCUGAAGCAGUUCUGGCGCGGAAAGUAAAUGACGGCUUAAUGGAGCAGAAAGCACUGGCCGAAAAAUAUCAUGACAAGUGGAGAAAAUUAUGCAGAGAAGCAAAAGAUUUACGACGUAAAAUACCGAUACAAAGUCACUCGAGAAAGGUAAACUAUUUUCAAAGACAAAGCCCUGCUGCUAUUGUCAAGUCAACACUGAGUACAAUACAGAAAUAUUAUUAA